UUUUAAUUAAAAAUAAAAGAAAGAGAUGGGAAACAUUAGCUGCAUAUUCAAUGAAGGUAAAGUGGUUUCCAUUCAACUCUCUCAGUCUCUCUCUCGUUCGUUGGAGAGGAAAGUAGAGAGAGAUGGAUCCUAUGAAUCCACCACCUCCACAAAACAAUAGUCACAGCGUCAGAAUCUUCUGCGAGGGAACGGGACAGUACUCGUUCGUCAGCCACCUCUCUACUGCUUUACACAGGGAAGGGAUCUCUUUUUCUGUGGAUGCAUGCGAAUUUCCAGAGAUCAACUCCUUCUCCGGCGAUCAGAAUCAUUCGAUUUCUGUGGUGGUUACUUCCGAAGUAGUCAAGGUAAACGAUCCUUGGAGUCAUAAGUUCGUAGAGGUCAUCGAGCGUCCGAGAGACAAGGGCAUGCAAGUGAUGGUCCCAGUGUUCUACGACGUUGAUCCAUUAACCCGAGUUUACGGGUGGGCCAAUAGAUGGCUGGAGGCUGGAUACAUAACAAUGCACCAAUCAAGGAUCUCAAGCAGUAAGAUACUCACCGAUUCCGAACUAGUGGAAGACGUCAUCAAAGAUGUUUAUGAAAAGCUCCAUCGAACAGAACGAGUUGGAGUUUACUCGAAGGUUUUGGAGAUUGAAAACUUGCUUUACAAACAACCGUGGGACGUCCGAAGCAUAGGUAUCUGGGGUAUGCCUGGCAUAGGCAAGACGACACUUGCUAAAGCAGUCUUUAACCACAUGUCCUCUGAUUAUGAUGUUUCUUGUUUUAUCGAAAAAUUUGAUGAAGCGUUUCAUAAAGAAGGACUUCACCGUUUGCUUGAAAAAAAAAUUGGUAAACUUCUAAAGGAAGUGUUUGACAUAAAGGGUUCUUACAUUAUGAGACCGAGCCUCCAAAGAGACAAACUAUGCAAUAAAAGGAUUCUUGUUGUCCUGGAUGAUGUGCGUGAUUCUCUGGCUGGCGAGUCCUUCCUUAGAAGGCUUGAUUGGCUUGGUCCUGGAAGCCUGAUAAUCAUGACCUCUACUAAUAAAAAAGUGUUUGCAUAUUGUGAUAUUAAUCAAGUAUAUGAAGUUCAUGGUUUAAACGAGCACGAGGCUCUCCAGUUAUUCUUCCAAAACGCCUUUGAAAAAGACGUGCCAGAGCAAAUCGACAGAGAAAUAUCAAGGAACGUUAUCGAAUAUGCCAAUGGAAACCCUUUGGCCCUCCGCAUUUAUGGUCAAGAGCUUAAGGGGAAGAUGUCUGAAAUGGAAGAUGCAUUCCUCAAACUCAAGCAACAUCCUCCUCAAAAGAUUCAAGAUGUGGUAAAAAGUGUAUAUAGCCAAUUAGGUGACAAUGAGAAAAACAUUUUGUUGGACAUUGCUUGUUUGUUCAGGGGAGAAAAUAUCAACUAUGUGAUCCAAAUGCUUGAAGGGUGUCGUUACUUUCCACGCAUUGGAAUAGCUAUUCUUGUGGAAAAAUGGCUGGUGACUAUAUCUGAAAAUACAGUGCAAAUGACUAAUCUGAUUCAAGACAUCUGCCAAGAAAUCCUCAAUGGAGAAACUGAAAGUUGCACCAGAAUGUGGGAACCUCGAAGAAUCAGAUAUCUACUAGAAGAUGAUGAUCUUAAAGCGGGUGCAGAAUCAAGUGCAACGCCUAAAUAUGGUUUGGUCAGUGAAGACAUAGAAAGCAUAUUUCUGGACACAUCGAAUUUGAUUUAUGAUGUCAAACGUGAGGCCUUCAAGAAUAUGUUUAAUCUCAGAUUCCUAAAGAUAUACAAUUCUUGCUCUAAAUAUGGUCAUGGACUUAACUUUCCUAAUGGACUUGAUUCUCUGCCUUGUGGACUAAGGCUCCUCCACUGGGAGAACUAUCCUUUGAAAUCUUUGCCUCAAGAUUUUGAGCUUGACAACCUUGUUGAACUUUGUAUGCCUUACAGUAAGCUCCAGACACUUGGAGCAGGAACCAAGUUACUUGAGAUGUUGAAGAGGAUCAGGCUUUGUCACUCCAAAGAGCUAGUUGAAUUUGAUGUACUUUUAGUUGCUCGAAAUAUCGAGCUAAUUGAUCUCCAAGGUUGUACAAGACUGCAAAGUUUUCCUGACACGAGUGAACUGCAACAUCUCCGAGUUAUAAAUCUCUCAGGAUGCACAGAGAUCAAAAGUUUCCAAGGAGCUCCACAAAAUAUUGAGGAACUACAUCUUCAAGGAACUAGUAUAAGGGAGAUACCAAUAUCCACUGUGAGCCACUCUCCCCAAAAAGUUAAGCUUGACAGGAAAAAACUUUUGAAUCUUCUAGAAAACUUUGAGGAUGUUGAGCAUAUCGACUUGGAGAGUGUAACGGAUCUAACUAAAGUAAGUUCAUGUAAUCAAGGUUUUGGCAAGCUUGUCCACUUGAACAUGAAAGAUUGUUCUCACAUUCGAAGUCUUCCUGACAUGGCCAAUGUAUUAGAAUCUCUCCAAGUUCUACAUCUGUCUGGUUGCUCAGAGCUCAAGGAAAUUAAGGGUUUCCCAAGAAACAUGAGGAAGUUAUAUAUUGGUGGAACCGCCAUACGAGAGGUGCCACAACUUCCAAAUAGUUUAGUGUUCUUGAAUGCUCAUGGGUGUACGCAUCUUAAGUCGAUUUGCUUGAACUUUGAGCAGCUUCCUAGACACUACACCUUCAGUAACUGUUUCAAUUUUUCUUCACAAUUGAUCUCUGAGUUCUUAGAGAAAUGUCUGACUAGAGUAGCAAGUAUAGCAAGAGCACACCAACAGGAACUCACCAGAGAACCUGAAGUCAGCAUCUGUAUUCCUUCAGACGCACGUCAGAGAUUCUCCUUUCUCUUGCAACCAGGUCCAGAUGUAAUGAUAGAUUCACCUUGGACGCGGAAACCUCUCUCUGGACUUGCUAUAUCAGUUGUGGUAUCGUUUCAGGAUGAUUGCCAAAAUGUGGCAGGACUAGGGAUUAGGUGCAUAUGCACAUGGCAGACCAGGAACGGGUACUUGGGUAGAAUGGAGAGACUGAUUCAGUGUUGGGCUCCUUUGGAAGCUCCAAAAGUUCAACGUGACCACGUAUUUAUCUUCUAUGAAACCGAUAUGCAUACCAAUGGUAGUGAAGAGAACCCUAACUUGUGGGUCAAGUUUGAGUUCCAUGCAGUGAGUUGGGAAAACAAGCUUUUAGGUGAUAAAUGCAUGGUGACCCAAUGUGGUGUCAGGGUGAUUACGGAUCCAGGAAAUGAUACAAAUACCAUACCUAGUGAAAUCACAAUUGGAAGUGAAGCUACAAGUGUAGUUGAUGAGGACCAUCCUCCAACAUCUUCCAGAAUAGUGCUAGAGGCAAACAGCCCUACUCCUCUUCCAUCCAAAGAGAGACGUAAUGUUUCGAGAGCACAGAGUACGUUAAGAUCUAAUCUAUGGAAGUGGAUGAGGACAAUUUAAUUACAAGAAAA